AUGGAUCAAUCAAAAUGGCCUAUUGGAUUUGUUCCAGAGCCUGAUUUGCAGGGACUUCAACCCUUGUCCUCUGAAGAUAGCAGACUAAAAAGUUUGAACCCUUCAAAAUCAAGACUUCUUCUAAACAGACAGGAAGAAAGAAGAGUGCCUGAAGGAGGAAGAGAGAAUAGGAGAGACCAAGCGAGGGGAUCAUGGACAGAGAUUGGCAAUAUACAGUCAGAGCCUCAUUAUUCGACUCGGUAUCAACGAGGCCCAUUAUCGACAGAGAGAGGCAAUGUGCAGUCAGAGCCUCGUUAUUUGACUCGGUAUCAACGAGGGCUCGCUAAUGGGCGGAGGUUCAGGGUGAACCUGGACAGGAUGUCAGGAGCUGGAAAAGGCAGAGGACGACCUGCUAGAGGCAGAGGUCAGGGAGGUGUCGGUCGUGGUGGUGUUAACCAUGACGAUGUUCAGUUAGAGGAUGCACCUCAUGUGCCAAAUCCUAUGAUUGGAUUUAUCAGAGAUAUCCGCAAAUUGGGGGCUGUUGAAUUUGCUAGAGCUACCGAUCCACUUGAUGCUGAGAAGUGGAUUGAAGAUAUGGAAAAGUAUUUUGAGAUGAUGGACUGCACUGAGGUGCAGAAAAGGAAGAUUGGUGCAUUUCUUUUAUCUGGUGAGGCGCGCCAGUGGUGGCAGUCAGAGACCAGGAUGGUUGUGGACAUUACAACUAUGACCUGGGAUGAUUUUAAAACUCGGUUCAAUGACAAAUACUUUCCAAAAUCAGUGAAGGAGAAGAAGGCAGCAGAGUUCAUGCAGCUGGAACAGAAUAAUGAGAUGUCAGUUAGUGAGUAUGAGAGGAAGUUUACAGAGCUAUCCCGAUUCGCUCCUCACAUUGUUGCGAAUGAGUUACAUAAGGUUAGAAAGUUUGAGCGAGGAUUGGUCUCUUAUGUGAAGAAGUUUGUGGUGGGUCAUCGUUUUGACACUUAUGCUAGAGUGGUGGAAUGUGCUAUGGCAGUAGAGGAGAAUAAUAACAUUGCCUUUCAGAAACAGAAGGAGCGUAGGGCAGAACAGAAAGGUAAGGGGGCUAGCAGCACUCAACAGAAUCAGAGUAGCUCUCAACAGAAUCAGAGGGGUCAGCAGCAGCAGACUCAGAGAAACUGGCAGGGUCAAUCUUGGCAGAGAGGUAGACAAGAUUGGCGAGCAGGAAAACGGCAGAGAGUUGGUGAAGGUGAGCAAUCCACAGCUUUAGUACCAGCCACACCUCAUGAUGCACAGCCAUAUCAGUUCAGCGGGCAUUGCUACAAUUGUCGUGAGCAAGGACAUUUGGCUCGUAAUUGUCCCAAGCCUCACAAGAAUAACCAGCAGAAAGGUCAGGCACCACAGCAACAAGGAGGUGCAAGGGUUUAUGCAGUUGUUCCAGAUGGGAGACAGGAUCGUACACCACCAACAGUGGAAGGUACACUUACUAUUUAUGGCAGUAUAGCUAGAGUACUAUUUGAUUCAGGUUCUUCAUAUUCUUUAAUUGCACUAUCAUUUGUGAAUACACUGGGAUUAGAACCUGGACAUAUAAGUAAUGCCUUAUCUAUUACAACUCCACUCGGGAGCGCGACGACACUUGAUAGAAUAUGUCGUGCUUGCCCUGUUACAGUUGGGGAGUUGGAGUAUCCUAUUGAUUUAAUAGUAUUACGUAUGAGAGAAUUUGAUGCUAUACUGGUGUCAGAGUAUGCAGAUGUGUUUCGGGAUAUUCCGAGUUUGCCUCCUAAGAGGGCAGUGGAUUUCUGCAUCGACCUCACUCCUGGUAUUUCACAUAUCUUUAGGGCACCCUACAGAAUGGCGCCAGUUGAAUUGAGUGAGUUGAAAAAGCAGACUCAAGAGUUGCAAGAUCAGGGGUUUAUUCGACCUAGCACAUCACCUUGGGGAGCACCUGUUUUAUUUGUCAAGAAGAAAGAUGGGUCACUCCGCUUAUGUGUUGACUACCGUGCGCUAAAUAAGGUCACUAUUAAGAAUAAGUACCCAUUGCCACGCAUUAAUGACUUGUUUGAUCAAUUUAGAGGGGCGCAGUUGUUUUUUAAGAUUGACUUGAGGAUUGGAUACCAUCAACUGAGGAUUAAGGAGGAGGAUAUUCCUAAGACUGCCUUCAGGACUCGUUAUGGCCUCUAUGAGUUUUUAUUUGUUGUAGUAUUUGUUGAUGACAUCCUGAUAUAUUCCAAGACGAAGGAGGAGCAUGAGAGACACUUGAGCAUUACACUUCAGACUUUGCGUGAGCAUCAGCUCUAUGCUAAGUUUGAGAAGUGUGACUUUUGGCAUGAGCAGAUUCAGUUUUUGGGGCAUGUGAUCUCUAAGGAUAGAGUUUCAGUAGAUUCUGCCAAGGUGGAGGCUGUGAUGAGUUGGAAACGGCCUACUACUGUCACUAAGAUUCGUAGCUUCUUAGGACUGGCAGGAUACUACAGGCGCUUUAUUGAGGGUUUCUCCAAGAUUGCUGCACCUUUGACCCGGUUGACUCGGAAGGAUGUGAAGUUUGGUUGGGACCACCGCUAUGAGCAGGCGUUUGAGGAGCUGAAGACGAGAUUGACAUCAGCACCAAUGCAUCACAUCAGGGUCUUGACUAUGUAUUGA